GAAGGUAAAAGGAGGCAACAUAGAUGUACAUCCGUCUGAGAAAGCCCUCAUUGUCCACUAUGAAGUGGAAGCAACAAUUCUUGGGGAGAUGGGAGACCCCAUGCUGGGGGAACGCAAGGAAUGUCAGAAAAUCAUUCGGCUGAAGAGUCUCAAUGCAAAUACAGACAUUGCUUCCCUGGCUCGGAAGGUAGUUGAAGAAUGCAAACUCAUCCACCCCUCCAAACUUGCAGAGGUGGAACAGCUGUUAUAUUAUCUACAGAAUCGCCGAGAUGCUUCAGCAGGGAAAGAAAAGAAAGAGAAAUCCAGCAAGCCAAAAGAUCCACCCCCUUUUGAAGGAAUGGAGAUUGAUGAAGUUGCCAAUAUCAAUGACAUGGAUGAGUACAUUGAGUUACUGUAUGAGGACAUUCCUGACAAGGUACGCGGCUCUGCCCUCAUCCUGCAGCUCGCCAGGAAUCCUGAUAAUCUGGAGGAAUUGCUGAUCAAUG